AUGCAGAGGUACAUUAGUUUCCUGUUUAUGUCCUUAAUAAUUUGUGCCGCCCUGUCAGAAACAGUUGGACUGGUUUUCUCAGCCAAAGAAAAACGAGGCUGGACUCUGAAUAGCGCUGGUUACCUACUUGGGCCACGUCGUAUUGUUCGGCUUUUACUGUUAAAGGAAAUGCCCAUUGCAAGGAGGAGAGAAGAAGCACCAGGGGGAAAUGCAGUAGAUAACCACAGAUCUUUUAAUGACAAACAUGGUUUUACUGGUAAACGUGAAAUACAGUCUGAUGAGGAACUUACACCAGGGAAACUUGGAAGACCCCUGGCUGAUGAAAACGUCAUGCGCACAGUAAUUGAAUUUUUGACUUACUUGCGUCUUAAAGAAGCGGGAGCACUUGACAAAGUCCCUUCAGCAGAGGAAACAAAUUAG